GGAGUUCUCCUGUGCCGGAUCAGACUCGGAGUUGCGGGAGGUGACUAUGAACUUCACUGUACUGGUAGACUAUCUCGACAGUAGUUUGAGUACUGAGCUCAGGCGGCGCCGCAUGGCUGAGACCUCGCAUAACUUGGGCGACAUUUACGACUCAGACGACAUGUCGUUUACCAGCAAUUCGAAAGAUACCAGACACUCGCGACGAAGGCGCAACGCGGGAGAAGUUAAAGUGGGGACCUCGGCCGGUGUUGAUACUAAAGUCCAAGAUCUUAUAGAGGGUCUGAACUCCACCGGCGACGCCGGCAACAGUACAGCCGCAGAGGAUGAUAUGACCAUGUACUACGUAGGCGGCGCCAUCGCCCUGGGCCUACUAUUGUGUUGCUGUCUGUGUUGCUGUAUCUGUUGCUGUUUAGUGAUUAAGCGCAGGCGAGAAAAUGCGCGCAAGAAAACGGUGGUAGCACUCUCGGAGCAAUACAUGAAGGCUCCUGGCCAAUCACAAUCGAGUGUACACGUGAUGGGCGGGAGUCAAAAUACUCCGGGGGGCUCUGCGGAGUCGAGUAUGAGCAUGAGUGGGAAAGCGUUGAGUACGAAUGUGAAUCAGAAUCAGAACAACAGACAGUCCACGCGUGGUAGUAUGAGACGGGGCAUUCCGGGGAAUGGGCUGAAUGGACCAAAUGUACCGAACAGGCCUCCGGGAAAUGGGCCGAAUGUACCGAACAGGCCACCGCAUGGGAAUAUGCCGUAUAACCACCCCCCGCAACAGCAACAACCAUACAACCCACAACACCCACAGUUCAGCAACGCCAUGGUGAACACACACAACGCUGGCCCCAUGCGGAUGUCUGUGAUGCAUAACACCAACAUGCCACCACUACAUCAACAACAACAACAACAGCCACAGCAACAACAACAAUCGGUACAUCCAGGCAUGUACCCACCCAAUAUGCACCAGCCGCAUGGACCGCCUAUGCCGCAGCAGCAACAACUACAGUCACAACAGAGCCAACCGAAGAUGAAGCAACAACCAGACCUGCAGGUGACGGGGGGGUCGUCUGGGUUCUAUAACGUGCGGUAGUUCGUCCGGUGUGAUAUUAUAUAAAUGUACAUAUGAAUACGUGAUAAUAAAUAUACAUGAUAACUAUAGGAAUGUACAUAUGAAUACGUGAUAA